UCAGUAGCUCUCAAUCAAUUGAGCUGAAAACAGUUUGAAAAAAAUUCCUCCAAAAUGAGUCUUUUGGUGAAGAUUUUUCUCUUGGUGUUUGUAGUGUAUUUUGUGAGGUCAGCUUCUGUGCCUUCUUUAGCUAAAAAGCACCCAUGUGCAGAAAAUUCUUCUGGUCCGGGAUGUGAUGAUAAAAGACAGCAUCCCAGGUUACCUGAAGAUAAGGUAAAACCAGCUCAGGAAAAUUUAAAUGCUGAACAAACUCAAGACUACUGGAUUGAGAUUGCAAAGUCUUUCGUAUCUGAUCAAACGAAAAGAGCGCAAAAUACAAAGAAAGCAAAGAACGUGAUUUUCUUCCUUGGAGAUGGUUUAGGCAUAACAACCAUCACGGCAUCGCGAAUGCUUCUAGGUGGGGAAGAAAAGAAAUUUUCCUUUGAGAAAUUUCCCCAUACAGGAUCAUCUAUGACGUACUGCGUUGAUAAGCAGGUUGCGGAUUCAGCGUGCACGGCUACAGCCUAUUUAACAGGAGUUAAAGGUAACUACGCAACAACUGGAGUUAAUGCCAAAGUACCCAGGUAUGAUUGCCUAGCUGGGCAGGAUGAUACAACCUUCACCACAUCUCUGGCGGAAUUGGCUCAGAAACUGGGAAAAUCAACAGGAUUGGUUACAACAACACGCGUUACGCAUGCUUCGCCCUCAGGACUCUAUGCUCAUACAGCUGAUCGAGAUUGGGAGGAUGAUAGUGAGAUCGCAGCUGAUGGUUGCAAUCCUAAUGAUAUCAAUGACAUCGCCAAACAACUCAUCCACAGUGAUGUUGGGAGGAAGUUUAACGUUGUAAUGGGCGGUGGAAGAAGGCACUUCCGCAGUAGAGAAACUCGCGACGAAGAAGGCUCACUUGGUAGGAGAUCUGACGAAAGGGAUCUGAUUCAGGAGUGGAUAGACGAUACAACCAGGCAGAACAAGCACUACGUCUGGAAUAGGGAGCAACUCCUCAAUCUCAAUACUGCUGAAACUGACUACGUUCUUGGGCUAUUUGAGAGCAGCCAUUUGCUGUACAAUCUGGAGACUAAGGCUAGAGGACGCGAAGAAACCGAACCAACUUUGAGCGAAAUGAUGGAGAAAGCUCUGGAGAUUGUUAGUAAGAAUGAUGAAGGAUUCUUCUUAUUUGUUGAGGGAGGUAAAAUUGAUCUGGCGCACCAUGAUCUAUUCACGAGAGCUUCAUUUGAUGAAACCAUUGAAUUCCAUAAAGCCAUUGAACUGGCAAGGAGUAUGUUCAGCGAAGAAGAUACACUGAUAGUUGUAACGGCUGAUCAUAGUCAUGCUGUUUCCAUCUCCGGAUACCCCAAUCGUAAGCACGAUAUCUUUGGACAUAUUGGAAAUGCGAGCGAUCACAAGCCUUACUUUACAAUCAGCUACGCCAAUGGUCCAGGGUAUGAGAGGCAUGUUGUUGAGGGCAUUGGUCGUGUUGAUCCACGAACUUUUGAUACCAGUGCUUGGGAUUUUGAAUUCCCUGCUAUGGUUCCCAGAGAUUCAGAAACUCACGGCGGGGAAGAUGUGCCUGUUUAUGCAUCUGGCCCGUGGGCUCACCUCUUCACAGGAACAUACGAACAGAAUGUAAUUCCGCAUUUAAUUGCCUACGCUGCUGAUAUGACAGGUGAUGGAUGGCUCUCAAGAAGCAAUAAACAAUAAUAAAUUUUACUCAG